AUGCCCGGCCAGCGGGGCCUGAGUGGCUGGUGCCCUACGUUCACAGCCUGGUGCAACUCCCACCUGAGGAAGGCUGGCACACAGAUCGAGAACAUCGAUGAGGACUUUCGAGACGGGCUCAAGCUCAUGCUCCUUCUGGAGGUCAUUUCAGGUGAGCGGUUACCUAAGCCGGAGCGGGGCAAGAUGAGAGUGCACAAAAUCAACAAUGUGAACAAAGCCCUGGACUUCAUCGCCAGUAAAGGAGUCAAGCUGGUCUCCAUCGGAGCAGAAGAGAUUGUGGACGGCAACGCAAAGAUGACCCUGGGAAUGAUCUGGACCAUCAUCCUCAGGUUCGCCAUCCAGGACAUCUCUGUGGAAGAGACCUCCGCCAAGGAAGGGCUGCUUCUCUGGUGCCAGAGGAAGACGGCCCCAUACAAGAAUGUCAACGUGCAGAACUUCCACAUCAGCUGGAAGGAUGGCCUUGCCUUCAAUGCACUGAUCCACCGACACAGACCCGAGCUGAUCGAGUAUGACAAGCUGAGAAAGGAUGACCCUGUCACCAACCUGAACAAUGCCUUUGAAGUGGCCGAGAAAUAUCUAGACAUCCCCAAGAUGUUGGAUGCAGAGGACAUCGUGAACACGGCCCGGCCCGACGAGAAGGCCAUAAUGACCUAUGUGUCCAGCUUCUACCAUGCCUUUUCGGGAGCGCAGAAGGCGGAGACUGCUGCCAACCGGAUCUGCAAGGUGCUGGCCGUGAACCAGGAGAAUGAGCACCUCAUGGAAGAUUAUGAGAGGCUGGCCAGCGACCUCCUGGAGUGGAUCCGACGCACCAUCCCCUGGCUGGAGGACCGCGUGCCGCAGAAGACCAUGCAGGAGAUGCAGCAGAAGCUGGAGGACUUCCGGGACUACCGGCGCGUCCACAAGCCGCCCAAGGUGCAGGAGAAGUGCCAGCUGGAGAUCAACUUCAACACACUGCAGACCAAGCUGCGCCUCAUUCAACUGAUGCCCUCCUCACACCAGUGCAGGCCUCCGUUUUCCAGCAGCAGCGGCCAGAUCCAGAGCAAUACCCUAAUCCAGCCUCUGCUGGGGAAAGAAUGCGGAGGAGGCGAUGAAGAGCCAGAUCGGGCCAGGGAUGCAGGAAAGGAGGCCAUGCUGAAGCAUCGGGACUACGAGACGGCCACCCUGUCAGACAUCAAAGCCCUCAUCCGAAAGCACGAGGCCUUCGAGAGCGACCUGGCCGCACACCAGGACCGCGUGGAGCAGAUCGCAGCAAUUGCCCAAGAGCUCAAUGAGUUGGACUACUAUGACUCCCACAAUGUCAACACCCGGUGCCAGAAGAUCUGCGACCAGUGGGACGCCCUUGGCUCUCUGACCCACAGCCGCAGGGAAGCCCUGGAGAAAACAGAGAAGCAGCUGGAGACCAUUGACCAGCUGCAUCUGGAGUAUGCCAAGCGGGCAGCCCCCUUCAACAACUGGAUGGAGAGCGCCAUGGAGGACCUGCAGGACAUGUUCAUCGUCCACACCAUCGAGGAGAUCGAGGGCCUGAUCUCCGCCCACGACCAGUUCAAGUCGACACUGCCAGAUGCCGACAGGGAGCGGGAGGCCAUCCUGGCCAUCCACAAGGAGGCCCAGAGGAUCGCCGAGAGCAACCACAUCAAACUGUCGGGCAGUAACCCCUAUACCACCGUCACCCCGCAGAUCAUCAACUCCAAGUGGGAGAAGGUGCAACAGCUGGUGCCCAAGCGGGACCACGCCCUCCUAGAGGAGCAGAGCAAGCAGCAGUCCAACGAGCACCUCCGCCGCCAGUUCGCCAGCCAGGCCAACGUCGUGGGGCCCUGGAUCCAGACCAAGAUGGAGGAGAUCGGGCGCAUCUCCAUCGAGAUGAACGGGACCCUGGAGGACCAGCUGAACCACCUGAAGCGCUACGAGCGCAGCAUCGUGGACUACAAGCCGAAUCUGGACCUGCUCGAGCAACAGCACCAGCUCAUCCAGGAGGCGCUCAUCUUCGACAACAAGCACACCAACUACACCAUGGAGCACAUCCGCGUGGGCUGGGAGCAGCUGCUCACCACCAUCGCCCGCACCAUCAACGAGGUGGAGAACCAGAUCCUCACCCGCGAUGCCAAGGGCAUCAGCCAGGAGCAGAUGCAGGAGUUCCGGGCGUCCUUCAACCACUUCGACAAGGAGGAAGCACUCAGCGCCCCUCAGCUCCAGACCUUAUUAAGCAUCGCCCUGGAGCCUGCCAGGUCCCACGCCCGGACCCCUCGAGAGAUUGGGCUCAGGACCUGUGAGCAGCUGCUGCGGUGUUUUGGGAAUGGGCAAAGCCUCACCCUGCACCACUUCCAGCAGCUCUGGGGCCAUCUCCUGGAGUGGCAGGCCACAUUUGACAAGUUCGAUGAGGACGCCUCUGGAACCAUGAACUCGUACGAGCUGAGGCUGGCGCUGAAUGCGCUCUUGGCCGGGACUGGAUGCCCUCGGGAGACGGGGCGCGAGGGGGGAUGGGCCCGGGAGGGUGCUGGGGGCCUGGAGCAGGGCCUCCCAGAAGGGGAAGAGAGGGGAAGCCUGGGAGCCCGUGUCUGA